AUGUCAAAAAAGGCUGAAAUUCUUCUAGUUGGCAGCGGUGGCGUGGGAACUAUCACAGCACUGAACUUGGAGAUAGGUGGACAAGCCCAAGUCACAGCAGUGCUUCGAUCUAACUAUGAGAGAGUCAUCGCUGAUGGGUUCCACAUCCGAUCAUGCGAUCAUGGAGAACUCACUCACUGGCGACCAUCUAAAGUUGUACGCGAAAUUCCUGUACAGCCACAGAGAACCUUCGACUACGUCGUCGUGACGACCAAAAACAUUGCCGAUCAUCGGCCUAGCGUUGCAGACUUGAUUGAACCUGCCGUGGCUCCUGGCAAAACGGUGAUCGUCUUGAUCCAGAAUGGCUUGAAUAUAGAAGCACCACUUCUGACUAAAUAUCCAAACAAUAUAUGCCUGUCCGGCAUUAGUUUGAUUGGGUCUCGCGAAACAGCACCGGCCCUCAUAGAGCAUGAGGACUUGGACAGACUAUUCAUCGGGGCAUUCGAAAACCCUGGUAUCUCUCAGGAGGCACGAGACGAAGCAGCAAAGGAUUUCGUCGAACGAUAUUCCGCUGGAGGGAAGACGGACUGUUCAUUCGCACCUAAUGUGGCAUUCCAUCGUUGGCAGAAGCUGGUUUACAACGCCUGUCUUAAUCCAAUUUGUGCUAUAACAGGCCUUGACACAGGGCGUAUCCGACUCGCAGAUGACAUCGUGGCUACACUACUACGGCCUGCGAUGGAAGAGGUGGUGGCAGCUGCCAAAGCGACUGGGGUAACUCUACCAGAUGGGAUUAUCGAUCGGAUGAUCACAAUUGAUCCAUUGACAUUAUACCUCCAGCCCAGUAUGCUACAAGAUGUCCAAAAAGGAAAUCUGAUCGAGUUCGAGACUUUAGUCGGAGAGCCCUUAAGAGAAGGGGCUGCUCGCGGUGUUCCGAUGCCUACUUUAACGUUCCUUUAUCGAACAUUGAAAGCUAUGCAGUGGAGGAUGAAGGAAGAACGAGGUCUCAUUUUGAUUCCUCAGAAAGGAGAGAGCCUAGAUACU